AUGAAAUCAGUACAAAAUAAAAUACCACUACUCAAAUAACUAUUCAUUAAUGAAACAUCAUUCACAGCAAAGAAGAUGAGUAAUUCUGUAAUAAUCCAAAGUCAGAGAUCAAGCAAAAAUAUGCACAAGAGAGCAUUCACCUUAGGCGCAGGAGCUAUGGUGUUCAAGACUUUGUAUCAAACUUACGCUAACUCUAGAGAUUAUCACAUUCUUUUCUCAUAAGGUGGGUCUGGUCACAAUAAUGGCAGCAAUCAAGGUGGCAACAAUCACGGAAACGGAGGUAACUAAUAGCCAGGCUCAGAUCACAAUUCCGCAACUCAUGCUCAGGAAAAGAAAGAUCAAGAUGUUGAAGUUAACAAAUACAUUGAUCAGACUGUCCUGAAAGGAGGCACUACCUGGGAUGAAGUUAAGAAGGUUUGCGAUGAAGCAAAAGAAUACAAAUUUGUCGCAGUGUGCAUCCCACCUUGCUUUGUGAAGGAAGCUAAAAAGUAUCUCGCCGAAACAGAUGUCUAAAUUGCAACAGUAAUCGGAUUCCCCUUCGGAAAUACAACGACUGAAGUUAAAGUAUUCGAAACCAGACAGGCUAUUGAAAAUGGGGCAGACGAAAUUGAUAUGGUAAUCAAUAUCGGCUGGCUUAAGUCUGGAGAGCUUGAUAACGUUGGCCACGAAAUCAAGCUUAUCAAGGAAGCAUGCGGCAGUAAACUAUUAAAGGUUAUCGUGGAAACCGGAUAUUUAACAGAAGCAGAGAUCAGUAAAGUGACCCAGGUGGUUGAACGCUCAGGAGCAGACUAUAUAAAGACAUCUACAGGUUUCGGGCCAAGAGGUGCUUCAAUGAGAGACGUGGAGCUAUUCAGAUAAGCCUCAAGCAAGCUGAAAAUCAAGGCUGCUGGUGGCGUCAGAGAUAGAGAAGCAGCAAUAAAGUACAUAUAGUUGGGAGCUUCUAGAAUAGGCACAUCAUCAGGAAUAAAACUCGUUCAAAAAGAAACGAAUACAGAGGGAAAGCCAGCAUAGGCAGGAGUCUAUUGA